UUUCAACAUAAACAGUAUUUAGCUCAAUGAAAAACAGAAACAAUGUAAAAUAUUCUAUAAUAUCCCCAUAUUUUCAAACAUUAGAAUAUUCCUUGAUUUACUUCAAUUUGAUUGGACAAUUCAAAGAUUUUUCAAAAAAAACUCCUCAAUUUGAUUGGUUAAAAUUUUUUUAGAUAUUUUAAUUCUAUACGAUAAUACAUUACAACAUAAAUUUUAAAUAAAGUGUACUUUUUUUGUACAGAGAGGGGGGUAGGGGAGGGGUGGCAACGGAAUAUAAUUAUCCAUAUUAUUAUUAAUAUUAUUAUUAUUAUCAAGUUUUAUUUUUCAAAAAAAAAUUACAAUCCCAUCCAAAUUAAAAUUAUAAAAAUAAUCAUGAAUUUUAAUAUAAAUUAAAAAAAUAUAAAAAUAAAUUUUACAAAUGAAUGAGUGUAUUCCAUCAUUAUUGGAAUUAAUCAAUCAAACGAAUCCGUUGAAUACCUCCUCCUCCUCCUCAUCAUCAUCAUCAUCCUCUUCUUCUUCUUCUUCAUCAUCAAAUAAUACUGAACUGAUUAUCAAUUAUAGUCUUAUUAAAUUUGGUACAGAAUUUAGUAAAAUACAUGGUCCAUUAAGUUUAGCUGUAUGUUUAUUUGGUAUACCAGCUAAUUUUGUAAAUAUUAUUGUAUUAACACGACGUGAAUUAUCACAGAAUGCAACUAAUCAUUUAUUAUUAUGGUUAGCUGUUGCUGAUUUAUUAUUAAUGAUAUUAUAUGCACCAUGUUUAUAUCAUUUUUAUAUUAUACAUCCACAUCCUAUGAAAAAUCCAAUUUAUACACCAAGUAAAUUAUGGAUUAUCUAUCAAGAAAUAGUUGUUAGUUGUGCAUUAAUGUUACAUUCAUUAGCCUUAUGGUUAGCUGUAUUAUUAGCAUUAUUUCGUUAUAUACAUGUAGGUUUUCCAAUAUCUGGUUCUAUAUAUACAACACGUAAAAGAGCAUUUUAUUCAGCAUUAUUAAUAACUAUAUUUUGUAUAUUUGUUGCUAUACCAAAUAUUUUAGUUAAUCAUUCUGAAUCAUGUUUAGGACCUACAUUAAAUUAUAAAUCAAUAAAUGGAAGUAUAUGGAAUAUGAAAAAUGUACAAAUUUAUUAUUAUAUAACAUCGGAACCAGAUUUAAUAGAAAUCAAUACAUUACAUCAUUUCAAUGUUACAUCAUCAUCAUCAUCAUCAACAUCAUCAUUUAAGUGGAGAACAAAACAAUUACAUAAUUUUAAUGUAUGGUUACAAGCUGUUAUUACUAAAAUUGCACCAUCAUUUUUAUUAACUAUAUUAACUAUUUUAUUAAUAAGUGAAUUACAAAAAGCUAUAAAACGUCGUAAAGCUUUAUUUAUUCAUCGUGAUAAAUCAUUAAGUAUUAUUAAAUAUAAUAAAAAACAAUCAUCUUUAUCAAUAAGACAAUCAACUUCAUUACCAUCAUCUACAUUACCAUUAUAUAAUAAUGAUGAAAGUAAAAAAUUAAGCCGAGAGAAUCGUACUACCGCUUUGUUACUAACUAUUGUAUUAUGUUUUCUUGUGAUUGAAUUACCUCAAGGUAUCUUAGUAACAUGUAUUCAUUUAAUUGAUCAAUUUGAAGAGAAAGUUUAUCAACAUUUAGGUGAUUUAUUAGAUUUUCUUACAUUAUUAAAUGAAUCUAUUAGUUUUAUUAUAUAUACAACUAUGUCUAAUCAAUUUCGUCAAACAUUUUGUAAUAUAUUUUGUCCAUAUUUAAUAAAUAAAACAAAUUUAUUAAAUGAUCAACAUACUAUUAUACAAUAUCGUCAACAUCAUUUAUUACCAUCGAAGAAUAAUGAUAAUAAUAAAGGUAGACAGCAUACAUUAAUUCCUGAAGAAGAAGAUCUUGAUGAACGUCAUCAACAAAUGGGUACUGAUGAUUCCAAUAUUAAGUGA